UCCCUGCUGCCCGAGCUGCUCACCACUGCGGCGACGACCCUCCGUGAGCUACCGUGUGAACCCCCGUGCCCCGUGAGCAGUUGGUCGUGCGUGAUCGUGAUCGCGAUCGUGACUCUACUGGUUGCUGGCUGUGACAACCCGCCCCCCCGAGGCCCCCCGAAGAUACGACCCAGCUCGGAUACUGACAACCCGGUGCUGGUGAUGGCGAUGGAUCUGCGCGUGAGCGAAGAAACGGCCCACAACAAUGAGCUCACGAUGACGGAGGAACGCAAAAUCACCGACACGCCGGUGAUGGAGUUUUACCGCGACAAGUGCGUCCUGAUUACCGGCGGCACCGGCUUCAUCGGCCGGCUGCUGAUCGAGAAGAUGCUGCGCAUUAACGUGCGACAGAUCAUCCUGUUGUCGCGGCCGAAAAAGGGCAAAACGGUGCAGGAACGGUGCGACGAUCUGUUUGGCAGCAUCGUGUUCAUGAACCUGAAGAAGGACUUCCCGACGUUCAUCGAGCGGGUGAAGCUGAUCGAUGCGGAUCUCCAGCAUCCGUCGCUGGGCAUGACGGAUGAGUCGAUCGAAUACAUUGUCAACAAUGCGCAAAUCGUACUGCACGCCGCUUCGGACGUGCGAUUCGAUCAGGCGCUGAAGAAGGCGAUCGAGGUGAACGUGCGGGGUACCCGGGACCUGCUGCGGAUCGCCGAGAAGAUCGUCAAUCUGGAGCUGUUCGUGUACAUCUCGACCGCGUACUCCAACUGUCCGCAGUCGGUGAUCAAGGAGCAGUUCUACCCGCCACCGCACGAUCCGGAACGGAUGAUCCAGCUGGUCGAGGCGAUGGACGAACGAUUCGAGCAGCACAUGAACAAGACGGUGAACGAUUUUAUCCUGCCGUGGCCGAACACGUACGUGUUUACGAAGGCACUGACCGAGGACGUCGUGCGCCAGUACGGCGAGCUGUUACCGGUAGCCGUAGUUCGCCCAUCGAUUGUGAUCGCCACCAACGAGGAACCGAUCGGAGGCUGGACGGAUAACAUCUACGGCCUGAACGGGGUGAUUGCCGGCGUUGCGCUGGGCAUUAUCCGUAUCAUGCACGUGGACGACAACAACGUGGCCGACAUCAUCCCGGCCGAUAUCGUGGUGAACGCGGUCCUGGCAGCCGGAUGGCAGACCCAUAUCGAACGUUUUAUCUAUCAUCACCUUAGGAAACACGAGCGGCCCCUGGCGGCGGCCCAAUCGAACGGUGACGUGAAGGGCGUGGCGAAGCAGCGCACCAAGAUCUACAACUGUGUCACCGGAAACGACAACCCCAUCUCGUACCAGAAAAUCUACGAAUACUCGAUCGAGGUCGGCAAGAGCUGCCCGCCGAAGAAGAGCCUGUGGAUCGUGUGCCACAAUACGACAAAGAACAAGUACGUCUACGAGUUUUACAAGCUGCUCUACCACCUGUUGCCAGCCUUCCUUAUCGACACGUAUCUACGGGCGAUCAGGCGUACGCCACGAAUUAUGGAUCUUUAUCGAAAGGUACACAAAUUCGCCACGGUCAUCGAGUACUUCGCCAACGGUCGAUGGUCGUUCGAGAAUGAAAACAUGCGAUCCCUGAGAGAGAGGCUCUCCCCAGAUGAUCAAAUAAUGUUCCCGUGUAACGUGCAGAAGCUCGUGUGGGUUGACUACUUUUGGACGUACAUCCACGGUUUGCGAAAGCACAUUGCCAACGAACCGAUCGAGAACCUCGACGAGGCUAUCAAGCGCCACAAGCAGAUGCGAAUACUGCACUUCUUCAUCCUGGCCGCGUACUACUCGGUGAUCGCACUGAUCGUCUUCUACCUGUGCAAGGCUGUGGGGUUGCUGCUGUUUUAGGGCGUCCUCGCGCACGCACGUGAACGGGCAAUCGGGUUCACGUAGGCUCUGGUCCGAUUGAUUGUAAGUUUCCAUUCUCUUUUUCAUGUACAUAGAAAAGAAGACUUAGGCAAAAUAAAACACACA